AUGGAGACGCAGCUGCUCCUGAAGACACUGACAACUCUUUACUAUCAGGCCUUUUCCAAAUGUUGCCUCAGCCCUCAUGGCCGCGCCUCCUGGGUGGAACGCACGCACGUCGUGGUGAUGCAGUCACGCAGCGCUCGCUCGGCGGCUGCAGAUCGGAUAAGUGAGCGGAGCGAGAUUCUUGAGUCCCCUCAUGGCACAAACUCUUUCCCAGGAGCUGUAGCGUUACUGUUGACCCCGGCAGAUCCAGCUCGCCAAGCCAAGCGACUUCCCAUUAGAGUUCUCAAAAUGUUGACUGCGCACACUGGCCACUUGCUGCACCCGGAAUAUUUACAGCCUCUGACAUCUGCGCCUGUGAGCAUUGAGCUGGAUGCCAAGAAGAGUCCAUUGGCCCUUCUUGCACAGACAUGUUCUCAGAUUGGAAAGUCCGAUGCUCCAUCAUCUAAGCUGAGCUCCAGCAGCCAAGGCGACAAGGAGUCCAGCAGUCGCUCAUCCAUUUCCAGCCUGAAGUUGAGUGAUCAUCGGCCCCCACUGGAGGAUAAGUCCGGAUUCAAGCCCUAUAACAAAGGCAGCGGUGAAAGUCGGAGGGACAGCAGCAAUUCUUCUAAUAGCCAUUCAGACAAAGUGGGUUUCCGGGUUCCCAGCACUAAUUCUAGUUCUAACAGUAACUCGUCUAGUCACCCUCAGUCGCCCACAUCCAGAGUGAGCAGCACGCCUCCAGGACAUACUCCGCAAUCAACUCACAAAAGCAGCCAGUCUCCCAGUGGACAGCAGCCCCUCCUCCCCCAAAGCCACAGUGGAGAUAGUGCACCUGAACAGGGCAGCCCUAGCAGCUCGAGCAACAAUAGUGUGGCUAAAAAAGACAGUGAAACGAGUAGAGCCACUGUCGACAGCCCACACCAUGCAAACUCCAGCCAAGUCCGUGCCAGUACCAACAGCAGCAACAGCAGCAGUGAAGCCCCCUCCAACUCUGAUGGAGGCAAAGCAGAGGCUACUCCGUCAACCCUGGGCCCUGGACAUAUCAGACCCAUCUCUCCAUACAAGAGCAGCCAGACGGUUUUUCCCCUUCCUGGCUCAAACAUGGGAUACCACGGAUCUGUUGUGGGUGCUUAUACUGGCUAUGGAUCCCAGUUUGGACAUGGUAUGGACCCCAAAUCUGGGCUCAGUGUGGGGAGCAUGGUCGUCCCAGGCAAACACCCGAACUCCAGCCCUCUCACCGGAGCCUCCCCUCCCUCCUUUAUGCAGGGCUUAUGCAGGGACCCUUACUGCCUCAGCUAUCCUGGGAUGUCCCAUCUUGGCGGGAGCAACUGCAACUCCUGCAUCCAUGACCCCUCAUCGUCAUUAAAGUCCAGUUAUCCGCUAGUGUACCCCUCGCACCCUCUGCACUCCCUCCAUCCCAGCUCUUUGUCAACCACAUCCUCUCUGUCUCACCCCCUGUAUUCCUACAGCUUUAUGCUCCCAAACGACCCCCUGCCUCAUGCGUGUAACUGGGUUUCUGCUGGUGGACCGUGUGACAAACGCUUUGCUACGUCAGAGGAGCUCCUGUCUCAUUUGCGCACACACACGGCUAUUCCUGUGGGGUUGGACAAUAAACUCCUGGCUGUUUCCUCCUCUGGCCCGGCCUCCUGUCACCUGCACCUCCCACACCAGAGCAGUCCAGGCUCCAUGUCUCUGAGAACACCACCCAGCCUGGGCCUGUCCCGGUACCACCCUUACAGUAAAGUCCAUCUGCCCCCUGGACCUCCUUCACUGUCGCUGCACUCACUGCCCACCACUGGCCCGUACUAUCCUCCCUAUGCUCUUUAUGGACAGAGACUUGGAUCUGCCUCCUCCCUGGGAUACCCGUGA